AUGCGUUCAGUUACAAUUUUUAUGGCGGCAUUUGUCGCGGUUGCCAGCGCUGCGCCAACCUUUCCGACUUUGGAUACAAACGACAAUCCUCUCAGUGCUCUGGACAAUUUGUCAGGAUACUUUAAUCUCAUCGCCUCCAAGGUUGAGGUAGCCAAAGGUCUCUCGACGGCUCCGGUGUGUGACUUGUCAAAAGCCCACAUGCCUACUGGCAUCGACGGACUCCCUCUUCCAGAUAAGGGCUUGACUGUACGCCAUGUAGCAGUCGGACGCGGGACACAAAAUUACACCUGUGAUCCCAACGCCGCUGAUGCCGUGCCCAAGGCUGCCGGAGCCGUGGCUACCCUCUUCAAUGCCAGCUGUAUUGCGGCUCUAUACCCAGACGUCCUCUCACGGAUCCCGUCCAUGGCUGUACAAUUCAAGCUUGACGAGGCUGAAAGGCUUGGUCCCACAGCCAUGGCAAAGUCUGGGGUGCAUUACUUCGACGGUUCAACUCCAUUCUUCAACUUGGACACGCCAGCAUUAACCAUUGGUCAAGUGCCUUGCGCGAAGAACAGCUCGGCCAACGCCCCUUCUACCGCUGCCGUUGGUCAAAAGGGCGAGAAAGCCGUAACCUGGCUGCGGCUCACAGCCAUGGAUGGUACCACGGGAGACAUCAAGGACGUUUACCGUGUUGACACGGCUGGCGGUUCGCCACCAGCCACUUGCAAGGACAUGCCUGCGAGAUUCGAAGUACAGUAUUCAGCAGUGUAA